AUGGCAAGAAGAGAAAACUGCAAGAAGAAUAAUCCUGAAUUACCUCACGAACUCAUGUUCAAAAUAUUCUUCUUGUUACCUGUAGCAACACUCCUUCGCUGCAAAUCAGUUUGCAAAACAUGGCUGUCAAUCAUAACAAACCCUAAUUUCGUCGAAGCUCACUGCAUCGAAUCCCAGAAAAGACAACCUAGUAGCGUAAUGGAAGUUGCUAGAGAUCACCAAAUCAUGAUUGAUAAUCAUGAAACAAAAACCCUCCUCCAACUGCCAACAUACUUUUAUGGUAUGACUCGUUUCGUAUCUUGUUGUAAUGGUCUUGUUUGUUUUGCCAAUCAUGAUUCUCGUAUUAUGUUUUUGGGGAAUCCGAUGACUAGGGGAUUCAAGAAACUUCCUACUCCUCGGAUAAUAGCUGCUAUACCUAAUUGGUGCAAGAUAGGGUUUGGUUUUGAUGAUGUUUCUCGUGAUUACAAGAUUAUUAGGGUUGUUGUUGACCGUAAAGAUACCGGUUUUAGUGUUGAAGCUGAGAUGUAUUCUGUGAAUGAGGAUUGGUGGAAAGAGAUUCGGGUCCCUAUUGGCCUAGAGACAUUUCGGUUUGUUGGUAGUCGAGGAAGAGGUGUAUUUCGUCCUGAUAAAAGCAGGGUAUUGUAUUUUGAAGGCUCUCCUGAGAUACUAUCGUUUGACUUGCAUGAUGAAGUGUUUAGAGUGCAUCCGUUUCCCAGACCUGCGAAGUUACCAUUGGAAGACGAAACAAUAAUAACGUCUUAUCUUCUGGAAUCUGAAGGGUCUGUCGCUAUGAUCUGUGAUGAAUCUAGUGGUGAUGGUAACACAGUUCGUAGUCUAUGGACAUUGGACAGGGAUUGUGGCAAUUGGACUAAACAGUUUAAUCUUGAGGAUCAUUUGAAGUAUAAUCAUAUUGUAAAUCUAUAUCUAGGUGAUGGACAGUUUGUUGUUGCUGAUUAUGGUUGUGACCGUCGACCUAUCUUCUACUACUACAAGAAGGGAAAUGCCAAAGAGUAUCUUGGAGCAUCUCCCGCCAGACAGCUUACUUCAGUUGUGAAGUGCAAUGAGAGCCUUGUUUCCCUCAAAGGAUUUAAACAAAUAUAG